AACGCUUCAUUGUGUCACAAAGGACCCUCAUGCAAGGGCCGCCUAUUUCCUUCGUAAAUAUGGUCCUCGGUUAGCAAUCUUUUAUGCUAUACGAAAUCAUGCUAAAAUUGUCACUAAAGAAACUGCUGAAGCAAUGAUCUCUUCGGGUGCUAUCGUAUCUCGAAAUUUGGCCCAACGUCUUAUAAAAGAUUAUCUAGAAAGACAACCCAGCGAAUAUUUUCGUUGCUGUUGGACUAGUAAAUUAACCUUCGGUACUUACUUGGUAUUCCUUCAACGUGCUUACACAUUAUACGGCGAUAAUUUAUGGGCGAAAGACGCAAUGGAUGACUGGGAACAAUUUCGCAUCUGUGUCUCAUUACAAUCUGGCUUGGACAUUGAUAGUGUAGAUAGCAAUAUGUUAAAUACCACUGCAACUCAUGAUACUAACAGGGAAUAUAUUCGUGAUUUGGUUGAGAAAUAUCAUGUGGUACCUUUACCUCUUCAGUAUUGUUUCGUUAAUAUUUCUGAUACUUUUGUUACUAUAGCUCGUAUUGGUGAUAGCCAACUUUUAGAUAUGGCGUUGAACGAUCUGACUCAUUUUGAUCAGUAUGAAUUCUCAAACAUCCUUCCUACUAUCAUCGAAAAAUUGAUUUAUAACAAACCAACUCCUACUCAUUUAAAGAAAGCUUUGAUGAACAUUUUCAGUUUCAACUAUCCGGUUCUAGAACAACUAGCUUUGGAAUUGAUUAGAAAUUGUGGAUUAUAUAAAAUUCCUAAUGUUAUAAUUGAAACUUUAAUUGAAAAAAAAGAUGAUCUACCUUUCGAUCUCAAUGCCGUUGUUGUGCACUCCAUUAAUGAUAAAUUUCAUUCUAUAUGCUCAUAUAAUGGUGCUCCUGAUAAUAUUGAAUCUCUUUGGCAUUAUUUCCCUGAAUUUCGAUCCAAAGUGAGAGAAAAUCUUAAUACUUUAUUUGCGGAUUCAAGAAUGGGCGGUGUUAUAUGUAGCAAAAAUGAUGCUAGUUAUUAUGGUUAUGGUGUAGGUUGUGUUUGUGUAGAAUUCAUUCUUUCAACUUUCGGUCCCAAAGAUAUAAUCACCGAAAAAUGUUUCAAUGCUAUCAUAAGGGAUGUUUGCGAAAAGAAUUUAAAAAUGCAGGCUAAUCGUAAUACAUUACUUAACAAGCUCAAACGUAACGAUAGUGUUGGAUUUACGCAAUUCCAUGGUUCUCCACAAUAUUUUGCACAAUAUGUAGAGGCUGGUGUGAGGAUCAAACCUGAACAUCUAAAAAUGGUAUCCGAAAAGGGUAUGAAUCGUAAAUGGUUUCUCAAAGGACUUUUUGAGGCUAUGGAAAAUUCUUUAAAGAGUGAUCAAGUAAGGACACUGCCGAUAGAUUCUACAUCAAAUGGUGACAAUAAUGUUUCGAUUGACAAGGCCACAUUAUGGAAAAAUGUUGUUAAAGAAGUCUUAAGUCACGAACGUGAAAAAUAUUACGGUUCGAGCAGAAGAUGGUUAAGAAAAGGUCGCUUCUAUCGUAUGCUGGAUGAAUUUUAUGGUAAAAGUUUUGAACAUUCUUAA